AUGCUGGUACUGUACUGGUGUGUGCUGGAGCGUGGCUACCAAUGUGUGUUUGUAUGGGUCCUGUUUGUUGCGGGAUAUGCGAGAAAGCGGCUGCAAAGGGCCCAAUCGUGCAGCAGUGCAGAUACGGGUGGUUCUGUCGAAGAAACAGUGUUUCGUUGGUUUUUUUAUUUAAUUCAUUGCAGAAUCUUUUUGCAUUUGCUCAGGAGAUGGAUGCUGGCCCCCAAAAAAAUUCUGUGGAUGGGCUCUUCGGUGUUGCGUCCCCCAUUUCCUCUUUCCUUCCGCAGCAUCGCUUCCCGUUGUAGUAGCCUUUUCUCUCAUUCCAGUGUCUGCACGUCUUUUUUUGUGCUUCCACACAGGAUGCAAUCUUUGCAGCCGCUUCUUGACACAAACAAUGGCUACUUGACGCAGCUAUUUGUUUCUGGGUCGCUCACUCACAAACGUUUCAUCGCAAGGGACUCUGUGCUUUUGUCGUUCUGCCAUUCUGUCGUUCUAUAUGUGCUCCAGUUCUCUGUCGCUGCCAUAGACUCUCAGUUCUGCCGUCUCUGA